UGUUGAUCAGAGAACAGCUCCCAUAUUAACUUUACACCUCUUCUUCUCUUAGUUUACACGUGUCAGAUGAUUUAUCCGGCACUAUGAAGAGAUGAUCAUAGUUUAGAGGUCGUGAGCUCAGGGCUGGAGCAAGGCUGGGAUGGCCUCUAAACUGUUCGACAGACUUCGCCGUACAAUAUUCAAAGAAGGAGCGCAAUCCUCAGAGACGAAUGGAACAGAUGACUUUCCAGAAAGUUCUGAACUUGAGGAUGAUACAGACUGCGUCUCGGCCAGGCUUAGUGGAACCCUGUGCUUUGAGGGUGACGGGGUUCUGGAAUCAGAGGACACAGGCGAUGCAUCGGGGCCAGACAGUGAUUCUGACUUUUUUGGCGAGUCGCUAGAUAAUGCCUGUAGCAGCACAGAUGCAAGCCCCAUGGGUCCUUCCCCAAAAAGCUCAAAUAUGAUCACCAGACAAUUACAAGAAAACUGGCGAAGCUCAAGAACUCGUAGCGUUCCUGAAAAACUAAUUUUUGAAGUGACUGAUGCCAGUGUUGUCCAUGAGACAAAUUCCAAGUAUGUGCUCUACACAAUUCACGUCAUCCAUUCUGGCAUGUUUGACAAAACUCCCGCUGUCAUCACGCGUCGCUACACUGAAUUUGAACGACUACACAGCCGCCUGCGUCGCCAUCAUGGAGAUGACAUGGAGGGCGUGUACUUACCUCGCAAGAAGCUACGCAAAAACUUUGUUGCCGAGACCAUUGCCAAGCGCAGCCGAGCUUUCGAGCAGUACUUGUCCCACCUUUACUCCCUUCCAGAACUGCGAACCACGCCCACUUUUCUCGAAUUCUUCUACUUGGGCGAUCUUCGUGCUGGUCAGAUGCUGAUGCGAGUGGGCCGUUACGAAGAGUCCCUGGGGUCCUUCCUCAAUGCUCUGAGACUCCAGGAGAAGUUGGGGUGCCAUCAGCUCCUGCACCAGAACCAUUUCCAGAGGGUUCAUUGGUUCUUCACACUCUCUGCAUUGGUCAGCUGCUUCCAGGACUUAGAACAACUUAGUGAGGCUCAGGAACAUUGCGACAGAGCCCUGCAGGAUCUGGCGCCUUCACAGGAAGCCUUCCAGCAGCACCAGUUGCACCCUCUGCUCAUCCCCCUCCUACAGUCCAAUGUUAGGCUCUCAUGGAAGAUCUCAAAGGACAAAAGGCGCUGGGAAGCUCUUUUGCAGGAGAUCCAGGACCAGGGGAUUGAUAUAGGGAAUCAGCCCAACUUGAAGGAGUUGUUAAUUAAAGAAAGCAUUGAGGACAGUGAGGGGGCAGGCAGGGCUAAGAGCAAAUGUGAAGACACCUUGUAAGCCACUGGGUCUAGAACGUUCAUGAUCAUUUUUAAAAUAACUUUUCGCCGUUAUGAGGGAUGUUUCUGAAAGCAAUGCAGUCAGUGCUUGGGAAACCUGUGGAAUUAAUACUAACUCAUAUUAUUCACAAUUUGCAUAGAACAAUUGAUUUUAAGUAAACACACGAUUCAUGGGCACAUUUCAAUAGCGUUUAUUAUAGCAUUAUUAUUAUAUUUUGUAUCCUAUGACAUUUUCAACUGGGAAUGUGGUUUUGGUGUAACUCGUAGAAUAUUUGAACCACUAAAGUCUUCAUUUCAGCUGUCACGAGUUUCAAAUAGAUUCAGUACAGUUGCAUGUGUGCCUUACUGUAUAGGCAGAGUAGCUGUAUUCUAAAUUGAAACAACUGAGCAAUAGUAGUAAAACCAGCACCACUAAUAUCAAUUACUCUAGAAAGCACAUAUAGCUUUAAACCCUGUUUGGUAAGGAUGAUGCGAAUUUUGUGGAAAUGGACUUUGUAAGAAUGUACAGAAAGCGAGGCUGCUCUAAAAGCUGCCUUUUGACUGACUUUAAUUCAGACUUUAUACAGUAGAUGUGAGUGAGUUCUUACAUUUAAGGGAAUUCGCACUUUUGGUGUGUACAUUUUAAAAGAAAUGAACUGUCAGAUACUGCUACAACAGAAGCCUUCAUAUAGUAAUUAUUCAUGUUAUGUCUUUGUGAUGCUGGCUCAGAGCUAAACCGUUUUAACCCAUUAACAUUUUGUUACUGAACUCAAUUCCUUAAAUAAUCCUUACACAAAUUUCACAUCACAGCUGUUCACUUCAAUGCAAAUAACACUACACUUGCAGCUUGAUGCCAAUUCAGAACCCUUUAUAUGUCAAACAGAGUUUUUGGAUCUCAUGAAUUUUUAUAUUUUAGAAAACUCCACCAAUAUUGUGUAGUUAUGAAUCUUAAAAUUAUUGUUUUAAUAUUGGAGCCCAAUCGUAUUUUGCAUCUUUUUCAUAUUGUUUUUUCUCAUCAUGAAAUCUUUGAACACAAAAUUAAGAUACUAUUUCUGUACUGGGUACACAUUUCUGUUUUUUUAUGUUACAAUUUGUUUUUCCUAUUUAUUGUUGUUGGAUAGAUUUGAAUCAUAGCACUAAGCCAUUUCCCCAAUUUUUUUUUUUGUGUGGAAUUCAGCACACUUAAGGGCUUUUGCAUUUAAUUAAUGUUUUCUGAUAUGGAGUAAAAACUAUUUUCAAACGUUUAGAUGUAGUGUAGUUUAAUUGAAAUUUAAAAAUAAUCAAUCUUGAAUUCUUUUCACAGUAGGUCAAUAUUCAGUGGUGGCCAAAAAUAUUGGCACCCUUGGUAAAUAUGAAAAAAGAAGGCUGUGAAAAUUUAAUUUAUCCUUUUGAUAUGUUCAUAUAAAAAAAAUCACAAAAAUCUAACCUUUAAUUAAAGUUAUACAAUUGAAAGAGGGGAAAUAUCUUAUUAUUAAAUAAAUAUUUUUCUAAUUUCCCAUUCAUCUUUUAAAUUUUUUAGUGCACCUGGGUGACUAGGAACUUUAAAUAUUUCAGCCAUGACCAUGGUCAGGCAUGACAUGAUUUUUUUUUUUUUUUUUUUACAGCCUUCUUUGCUCCUAUUUACCAAGGGUGCCAAUAUGUUUGGCCACCACUGUACAAUUUUUUUGCUAUCAGAUAUUUUAUUUUUGCACUGCACUUUGCUAAUGGAGAAAGGUUAUUUGUGUAACUGUAUGUUCUUCUCUCCUCAACAUUUCUCAGUAAAUUUUGCUUACUGUAAGAAAAACAUGGCUGUUCAAAUUAUCUGAAAAGGGAGAGCAAAGGAUUUGGUAUUGUCCUUUAAUAACUACAUGUAGAUUUAUAAAUGUUUUAAAUGUGUUGCAAUAUAAAUAAAUGUAAAACAA